UUUCCGUUUCUGUUUUCUAGUGAUUUUUUUUUUUGUUGAAAAAUGAAAUAGAAAAUGAAAAUCGAAUAAUUUUUUUAAAUUUAGCUCAUCCCUUUUUGACCAUGAAAUAGAAAAACGCCUUGUAUUUCAAUUUUAAUUUUUGUAUUUUAAAACGAAAAUCAAAUAACCACUCGUUUUCUGUUUUUUAAUACCUGUUUCUGAAAGGAAAAUCCAAUGACCAAAACAUACACGGACCCUUAGAACAGUUAAUUUACAUGAAUUAUGAACAACCUCCUCCCAACAGUUCAGUACCAUGGCUUGUUAAACCAAGGAGCAACAUGUUACCUGAACAGUGUGCUACAGGUGAUGUUCAUGACCAAAGACUUCACAGAGGCUGUGGAAAGGUACACCAGUGAGAAUCCUGACACUGAGGGUAUCGAUCGUCAUCUAAAAACCUUGUUUGAUGAUUUAAAAGGAUAUACAACGUACACCUAUAAUAUCACAAAGAAGCUUUGCAUUGACAGAGUGUAUGAACAACAAGAUGCUGCUGAGUACUUUGAGAAGAUUUUAAAUCUGACCAGUUCUGAGGCAUCACAGAUCUUCCGUGGACUGUUGACACACAGGACCAAAUGUUCUACAUGUUUUACAGAGACUGACACCGAUGGAGCAUUUUGGCAUCUCCCUCUUGCAUUGGUGAAUUCCUACAGUGAACACUACAGUGUGGUGGAUGGUAUUGAAGAGUAUUUCAGAACCACAGAGUCCAGUGGAGACAACCAGAUGUACUGUGAGCACUGUGAUGAUAAAUCUGAUGCUACUACUCAAUCUGUAAUAAAGCGUCAUCCAGAGGUUUUGAUGCUGCUGUUGAAGAGGUUUGAGUUUGACUACCGCUACAUGACACAUGUCAAAAUCAACUGCAUUGUGGCUGUUCCCUGCACUCUACAGAUACCAGAGAAUCAGACAUAUGAACUGUACGCAUUUGUGGAUCAUUUUGGAGAUCUUAGAAGUGGACACUACACUGCUACAAUCAAGGAUGAUGAGAGAUGGCAUAAAUUUGAUGAUACCAGAGUCUCAUUGUCUGAUUAUCAGCCAUUCCAGGUGGACAACUUGGAGACAUCCAGCAGUGCUUAUCUUCUGUUUUAUAGGAGAAGGAAAGUGCAUGCUGCCAGUACUUGUACUCAAGACAUCAGGGAGGUGUCUCCUCCUGGAGCUUUCCCAUCUGAUAUAGUUGAUAUUGUGGCAGAGAAUGGAGUACAUAAGGGGCAGAGCAUACCAUGCAGCCAGGGCUAUAAAGAGGAAAGAAAUUAUCAGAGUUAUUCUCAAGAUGCUCAUGACAGAAAACAGAGAGAUGAGGAGAAAAUAAUAAUGCAUGAUAAGGAGGACAUGGGAGGAAAUGCAGAAACUAAUGAGCAGGCAGUAAAAAAGAGAAAAACCUUUUCUAGAGAAACUGAACUUGAAGAGAUUGUUGAGGAUCAGGGCAAUGGUAGUGGAAGACCACAUGAUGUUAGACAGAGGGGACCACUGGAGGGUUAUGACAUACACAACACAUCACAUCACAAUCAGAAGCAGGAACAGGAAUUCAGCAACAUGAAUGCGAGAGAAGAAUAUCCUCAACAAGUUUGUGUGCGAGUUGAGGACAUGAUGGAUGUAAACAGAGACAAGGAUGGAAAGAUGUCAGGUGAUGAACUGUCAGGAAGGAGAGACCUCAACAGGGACGUAGAGCAUGUCAGACAGGAAAUCAGUGUAAAAAAUAAAGAUGUUGCUGUAGAGACCAAAAAGCAGGAAGAGACAAGAUAUAACAAUCCUAUUCAGGACAGAGCAGACUCUUCUCUUAGACGAACAGGAUCUGCAGGAAGCAGCAGACUGACUGAGAAUCAGGGAGUUGAUAGUGAUGAAAAGACAAGACACAGGCAACCAAAAGUAAGACCUGAAUAUAAUGAAGAUAGAGUGGAAGAAAGACGUGGUUCAAAGAAUACAAAAACAUAUCAAGACAGUGGAGGAUUGGACAGUAUUAGACAGAACAUAAGUGAAAAUCUGGUUGGUACACGGAAAGUUGGACAAGAUUAUGUCUUCAAGCCUGCUAGUGUGGACGAACAGGGAGAUGAGGAGAGGAUGAAAAGAGUUGUUGAGGUAGACAGGGAAAGAAAAACUGGAGCAGAUGAAAGGGGGUUGGCAUCAGGGGGAAGUACUCUCCUGACAAAAUAUGACCUCUACUCUCAUCAGAUUCAAGACAAUAGAAGAGUAUGUGAUAGUGAACAGAAUAUGCUAAAAUAUGAUCAGGAGAGUAAACAGAGAAGUAGUAGCAAGUAUAAAAGACAUGAGCAACACAAAGAGGAAACAAGGGAUGUUAAAGGAGACAAGGAACAAAAAAGAGGACAUGAUAAACAUUUACAAAGUCGAGAAACAGAGAGACGACAACACUUUGGUCGAGAUGUAGAAGUUCAGAACAUUAGAGGAUUAGAUGUCAGACAGAAAACUAGUGUUACACAUACAAUAAAUAAAGAUGUUGCUGUAGAGACCAAAGAGCAGGAAGAGACAGGAUAUAACAAACCUAUUCAGGACAGAGCAGACUCUUCUCUUAGACAAAGAGGAUCUGCAGGCAGCAGCAGACUGAAUCAGGGAGUUGACAUUAUAGAAGAUAGAGUGGAAGAAAGACACGGUUCAAAGAAGACAAAAACAUAUCAAGUUAAGAUAAUUGAGGAAGAGAUUACAGAAAAUCCUAGUGGCACUCAAAGAAGCUGUGAGAGGAAACACAUAGGAACUGUAGAGGAGACUUCACAACAGGACACUUUGUCAGAGGGUGUUCACAAUUUAAAACUGAGUGAGGGAAAUAAAUGUGGAACCAAAAGAGCCAAUAGAAAUGUGGAAGAUAAGAAUGAGAUAAGUGCUACAAUUGAUUCAACUUCCGUAAAAAAACAAAAGCAAAACUCUGACAAAAAAGAUGAGGAGAAAAGAAAAUUGAGGUUUAUCCCUUUCAAGAAAAAGACAAAAGAAAAAAAGAACAAAACCACUGGCCUCUUUUCACUUUUGUCAGGUUGUAAAAACAAGACAAACUCGGGAUUAGACUCUGAGGAAGAUUAAAUACAUACUUUGUCCAGAACAACACAAAUAGUUAUUUUUGACUGAGUCAUUACGGUACAUAUACAGUUAAAGACGUACCGACCUUUUACAUUUUGUUUUCAAAAUAAAGAUAUAGAGAUAUAUAAAUAGAUUGCAUGUAUGUUGCAUCGACAAGGGAUUGUGUAGAGAAUAAUAAUACAAAUGUAAAGAUAUUUGAUUUCAAUUUUAUUUGUAAUGUGUUGUUUUGUUGUACUGUUUUACUGUAAAAUAAUACAAUUAUUUCCAAUUAAUUAGGCCUAUUAGUGUUAGUGUUGUUUACUAUAAUAAUAAUUAUUUUAUUUUAUUUUAGAUUUUAUGUCUAUCACUUUGAACCAAACUAUUUGUGUCAUUUGUGCAAUUCUGAUGCUGAUUUGAAGAAAUAAAUAAUUAAAUAAGGAGAAGAAAUGUUUUACCAUUUUAACAUUACCGGGGGAACUGAUCUGAGAACACCUUGUACAAGGAAAUACAUAUUUGAGAUAUAAAUACCUCUGUAUUUGUUGUGCCACUGUUAAAGAGCACUGAGGUUUAAUUUUCACUUUCAAUCUCUCACACAUUUCCAAGAACUCACAUGACAUCUGAACAGACAGGCUUGUUUUUUUUUUUAUUUAGUAUAAUUUGUUUCUCAUUUCAUUUUAACGUGAUGGUGAAGCUAUAACUCUGUAUAAUGGUUGUAUGUUACCUUACAAAUUCUCUCUUACAAAUUAUUCUGAUAUCAGUAGACUUAAAAUAAACUAAAAGACAGCCCAUGAAA